CCGGCCCUGCGACCACCAUGGUGAGGCUCGUGUUGCCCAACCCGGGCCUGGAGGACCGGAUCCCGUCCCUGGACCAGCUGGAGAGCAUCGAGGCCAAGGAGGCCGGCUCCCGGCCCCAGUGGGACAACAAGGCCCAGUACAUGCUCACCUGCGUGGGCUUCUGCGUGGGCCUGGGCAACGUGUGGCGCUUCCCCUACCUGUGCCAGAGCCACGGCGGAGGGGCCUUCAUGAUCCCGUUCCUCAUCCUGCUGGUCGUGGAGGGCAUCCCCCUGCUGCACCUGGAGUUCGCCAUCGGGCAGAGGCUGCGGAAGGGGAGCGUGGGCGUCUGGAGCUCCAUCCACCCGGCCCUGAAGGGCGUAGGCAUCGCGUCCAUGUUCGUGUCCUUCAUGGUGGGCCUCUACUACAACACCAUCAUCGCCUGGGUCAUGUGGUACUUCUUCAACUCCUUCCAGGACCCCCUGCCCUGGAGUGAGUGUCCGCUCAACGCCAACAGGACAGGCUACGUGGAGGAGUGCGCGCGCAGCUCCUCCGUGGACUAUUUCUGGUACCGGGAGACCCUCAACAUCUCCACCUCCAUCAGCGACUCCGGCUCCGUGCAGUGGUGGGUCCUGCUCUGCCUGACCUGUGCCUGGAGCGUGCUCUAUGUGUGCACCAUCCGCGGCAUCGAGACCACCGGCAAGGCCGUGUACGUCACCUCAACGCUGCCCUACGUCGUCCUGACCAUCUUUCUCAUCCGGGGUCUGACACUGAAGGGAGCCACCAAUGGUAUCGUGUUUCUCUUCACACCCAACGUCACGGAGCUGGCCAACCCGGUCACCUGGCUGGACGCGGGGGCUCAGGUCUUCUACUCCUUCUCGCUGGCCUUCGGGGGUCUCAUCUCCUUCUCCAGCUACAACUCUGUGCACAACAACUGUGAGAGGGACUCGGUGAUCGUGUCGGUCAUCAACGGCUUCACGUCCGUGUACGCGGCCACCGUGGUCUACUCCAUCAUCGGCUUCCGUGCCACCGAGCGCUUCGACGACUGCUUCAACACGAACAUCCUGACGCUUAUCAACGGCUUCGACCUGCCCGAGGGCAACGUGACGCAGGAGAACUUCGCGGAGGUGCAGCAGUGGUUCAAUGCCACGAAGCCCGAGGCCUACGCGAAACUGCAUUUCCAGACCUGCGACAUGAACUCCUUCCUCUCGGAGGGCGUGGAGGGCACGGGGCUGGCCUUCAUCGUCUUCACGGAGGCCAUCACCAAAAUGCCUGUGUCCCCGCUGUGGUCCGUCCUCUUCUUCAUCAUGCUCUUCUGCCUGGGCCUGUCAUCCAUGUUUGGCAACAUGGAGGGCGUGGUCGUGCCCCUGCAGGACCUCAAGAUCAUCCCCGAAAAGUGGCCCAAAGAGCUGCUCACAGGCCUCAUCUGCCUGGGGACGUACCUGAUCGCGUUCAUCUUCACGCUGAACUCGGGCCAGUACUGGCUGUCCCUGCUGGACAGCUACGCCGGUUCCAUCCCACUGCUCAUCAUCGCCUUCUGCGAGAUGUUUGCCGUGGUCUACGUGUACGGUGUGGACAGGUUCAACAGGGACAUCGAGUUCAUGAUUGGCCACAAGCCCAACAUCUUCUGGCAAGUCACGUGGAGGGUGGUCAGUCCACUGCUUAUGCUGGUCAUUUUCCUGUUCUUCUUUGUGGUCAAGGUCAACGAGGAGCUGAUCUACAGCGUCUGGGACCCUGCCUAUGAGGAGUUUCCUAAAUCCCAGAAGGUCACGUACCCAGGCUGGGUGUAUGCCGUGGUGGUCAUCGUGGCUGGGGUGCCCUGCCUGGCCAUCCCCGGCUUCGCCAUCUACAAGCUCAUCAGGAACCACUGCCAGAGACGGGGGGACCGCCAGGGGCUGGUCAGCAGGGUGUCCACGACCUCCAUCAAUGGGGACCUGAAGUACUAAACGGCCUGGCCCAGGGCAUGUGGCCGUCGGAGUGAGGGGGGAGUCCAGGCCACACACUUGAAAGCGUGUGCGUGUGUGUGUAUAUACACGUGUGGGUGUGUAUGUGUGCACAGA